GCGAGUGGUUUGGACCGAUAUCUUCAGCUUCGAAGACGGAUUAAAAGGCGCGCGUGCGCGAAGCGGUUGACAAAAAAGUGAAGGUGCGACCGUAAAUCUCUGGAUUAAACAUAAUACCCCCUUGCUAUAUAUUGUCCCCGAAAUAUAUGCUAUAAUAUAUAUCGAAAAAUAUAUAAUCCAAAGUUCCGAUCAGCAGCUGGCCCCCAAGCUUACCCCUUUGGGUUCAUCUGUCUGUGUGUGUGUGUGUGUCGCCGUUGCAAAUUUUUAUAAGUGAAAAAUUCCAACAACGUUGCUGCUGCAGCUACAAGCCAUAUAUACAAGAGCGAAAAAUGAGGCAAAACACGUUUUGCUGAAGGAAAAAAAUACGAAAAAAAUAAAUAUGCUGCGUACGUGUGUGUAAGUGCAACUGUGUGUGUGUGCCGCAGUAUUCGAGUGUGUGUGUGUGAGUCCACCAACACCAAAAUGCAUGUAAAAAUGUGAAGAAAAAUGGCGACAGAUGACAAAUCAAAGAACCCAUCAAAAUCGAAUGAUGCAAAAUGACGAGUUCAACGAAAAGUGCAACAAAUGAAAGAAGAAGUGCAAAAUAAAUUUAGAACAAACAUUAGAAUCGAAAGCCUCCAGAUGAAGAGGCUGUUCCUUGUUUUCCUGCUCCUUGCGGGCAGCAGGGAAUCCUUGUGCCAAAAUCCCGGGGAGACCAAACUGGAGCUACUGGCACCGCGUGGCCGGAGUUACGCCACCACCUACGAACAAUAUGCAGCAUUUCCGCGCAGGAGGAGCUCCCAAUCCUCGCCAGCGGCGGGUGAGAUGCAAUCGCGUGCGGUGGACACCAGCGCCGAUUUCGAGGUGCUCGAGGGUCAGCCGCGCGGCACUUCGGUCGGUUUCAUACCCACCAAGCCAAAGUUCUCCUAUCGGUUCAAUGAACCGCCCAGGGAAUUCACCUUGGACCCUGUGACGGGUGAGGUGAAGACCAAUGUGGUGCUCGAUCGGGAGGGCAUGAGGGAUCACUACGAUUUGGUGGUGCUCUCCUCGCAACCCACUUAUCCCAUUGAGGUUAGGAUUAAGGUCUUGGAUGUUAAUGACAAUUCGCCAGAGUUUCCCGAACCCAGCAUUGCGAUAUCCUUCUCGGAAAGUGCCACUUCUGGUACUCGAUUGCUCCUCGAUGCCGCCACGGAUGCGGAUUUCGGCGAGAACGGAGUGACGGAUCAGUACGAGAUUGUCGCCGGCAAUGUGGACAACAAAUUCCGGCUGGCCACCACUGCGAAUCCCAGUGGCGAAACCUCUUACUUGCAUCUGGAGACGACUGGUAAUCUGGAUAGGGAGUCACGUGGAAGCUAUCAACUGAAUAUCUCGGCCAGGGAUGGAGGAUCCCCACCGCGUUUCGGCUUUCUCCAAGUGAACGUUACCAUUCUCGAUGUGAACGACAAUCCACCGAUCUUCGAUCAUAGCGAUUAUAAUGUUUCGCUCAACGAAACCGCUCUUCCGGGGACGCCAGUUGUAACGGUUAUGGCUUCGGACAACGAUUUGGGUGACAACAGCAAGAUCACCUAUUAUCUGGCCGAAACGGAGCACCAGUUCACGGUGAAUCCGGAAACGGGAGUCAUUUCCACCACGGAGCGGGUGAACUGCCCCCAGCAAACGAGUGUCAGAGGAUCGAAUCAAAAGAGCUGCGUCUUCACGGUGUUCGCCAGGGAUCACGGAUCUCCCAGGCAGGAUGGACGCACCUAUGUGACGGUCAACCUGCUGGACACCAACGAUCACGACCCCAUGAUCAGUUUUCGAUUCUUCCCGGAUGGCGGGAAGGUGGCUACGGUGGAUGAGAAUGCUGUAAAUGGCACUGUAGUAGCAGCCGUGGCUGUUAAGGAUUCCGAUUCAGGUCUAAAUGGCCGGACAUCGGUGCGAAUUGUUUCUGGGAAUGAACUGGGUCACUUUCGUCUCGAGGAAGCCGCUGACCUCCACAUCGUAAGGGUAAAUGGAGUCCUGGAUCGCGAGGAGAUUGGCAAGUACAACCUGACGGUGGUGGCCAUGGAUCAGGGAACCCCGGCGAGAUCCACAACAGCUCACCUAAUCAUCGAUGUGAAUGAUGUGAAUGAUCAUGAACCGGUGUUUGAGAAAUCAGAAUACUCUGCGGUGCUAAGUGAACUGGCACCCACGGGUAGCUUUGUGGCGUCUAUAACAGCAACGGAUGAGGAUACUGGAGUGAAUGCCCAGGUGCACUACGAUAUAUUAUCGGGCAAUGAGCUCAAGUGGUUCACGAUGGAUCCCCUAACAGGGUUGAUUGUGACAUCGGGACCUCUGGACAGGGAAAUUCGGGACACCAUAGAACUGAGUAUCUCGGCCAGGGACGGUGGACCCAAUCCCAAGUUCGCCUACACCCAACUGAAGGUUACCAUUCUGGACGAGAACGAUGAGGCUCCGCAGUUUAGUCAGCGAGUUCAGAACGUUACACUCAGCGAAGAUGCGCCAACGCAAACGAUUGUGGCUCUGAUGACGGCCACCGAUCAUGAUCAGGGCACCAACGGUUCGGUGACCUUUUCUUUGGCGCCCAACGUGGGGCGCUUGUACCCGCGACAGUUUGCCCUCGAUGCGUUGACGGGCCAAUUAACGAUGCGCCAGCCGCUGGAUCGUGAGAAAAUGUCGCUCUACGAGAUUCAGGUGAUUGCCCGCGAUCAGGGAGCACCCACUCCGCAAUCGGCGACGGCCACCGUUUUCCUGAAUGUGGCCGAUGUUAAUGAUAACGAUCCUCGCUUUUAUCCCAGCCACUAUAUCUACACGCUCACCGAUGAGGAUCUCAAAGUCAGCAGGGAGGGUAAACCGAAGACCCUGCUCCAAGUCACGGCCUCGGAUAAAGACGAUGGCGAUAAUGCCUUAAUUGAGUACCGACUGGAGGCAGGUGGCGGCGAGUCAGGUCUUUUCCAGCUGGACGCCCGUUCGGGAGUUAUCAGCCUGUCGGGAACUAAUGCUGCUACUCCCCUACAAUCCCACUACAAACUUCAGAUUUCGGCACGUGAUGCUGGGCAGAGGAGAAGCCAACGAGAUGCCAUUGUGGAAAUUGUGCUCAAGUCCAAGGCAGAGAUGCUCGAAUGCGCUCAACCUGGUUAUGAAUUCCAGAUGAUCGAGGAUCACGAGCAGCGCAAGAACAGUCCAGCGAAUCGCGAGGUGGGCAUCGUGCAGGUAAAGUCCACGAAUGCCAAUAUCGAGUAUGAUAUCAUCCAAGGUGAUGGGGAACAGAAUUUUCAAAUUGAUCCCAGGAGUGGUCGCAUCACCACAUCGCGAUCUCUGGAUCGCGAGGAAAAGGCUCACUAUCGCCUGACCAUCUUGGCCAGCUCCAUCUCCAGUUCCAGUCCCUCCUCCCUCAUUUCCUAUGGUCAGUGCAGUGUGAGCAUAGCCAUUAUGGAUCUGAAUGAUAAUGCACCCGUUUUCGCCUUGGAUCGCGAUACAGAGCCUACGAUUUGGCUGCCCGAGAAUGCAGCCGUGGGUCAGGAGAUCUACUUAUCCAGGGUUAGAGAUCGAGAUGCAGGUGUUAAUAGCAGGAUCAGCUAUAGCCUUACACACAAUCCCGAACAGCAGUUUCGUAUUGGACCAGUCACGGGUGUACUCUAUCUUCAGAGACCCUUAAGAGCGGAACCGGGUUCCCAUAUCAAUGUGGAACUAAUGGCCACCGACGCGGGUAGUCCACCACUCUCCAGUAAGUUGAGUCUAUCGGUUUACAUAGGCGAUGUCAAUGAUCACACGCCCGUUUUCGAUCACACCUCCUAUGAGACUUCCCUGCCGGAAACCACAAAGGUUAAUACCCGAUUCUUUGCUCUGGCUGCCACGGAUAUUGAUUUGGGUGAUAAUGGUAGGAUAUCCUAUGAGAUCAUUGAGGGUAAUACCGAACGCAUGUUUGGCGUCUUUCCCGAUGGCUUUCUUUUUGUGAGAGCUCCACUGGACAGAGAGGAACGGGAUUACUAUGCCUUGACCGUUUCUUGCCGGGAUUCGGGUCAACCGUCCAGAUCUUCGGUGGUUCCUGUGGUUAUCCAUGUGAUUGAUGAGAACGACAAUGCACCUCAGUUUACCAAUAGCACUUUUACGUUUAGCAUUCCGGAGAAUGCACCCGCGGAUACAUUUGUGGGUAAACUCACUGCCAUAGAUCGUGAUAUUGGAAGGAAUGCGGAGCUCAGUUUUACGCUCUCCAGUCAAACUACGGACUUUACGAUAGAUACUAGGAAUGGUUUCAUCAAGACUUUGCGACCCUUCGAUCGCGAGGCUCUGGUGAAGGUCAGUCGGAAUACAGAGGAGGAGGGUAACCUCAGGGGUUCCUCCUUCACCGGAAACUAUAUGCUGCUGGAGGCUACGGUAUCGGAUAAUGGCAUUCCCCGCCUGCAGGACAAGGUCAAGGUUAAGGUAAUCGUAACGGAUGUCAAUGACAAUGCCCCCGAGUUCCUGAGAGCUCCUUACCACGUGACCAUUUCGGAGGGUUCCGCCGAGGGAACGCACAUAACCCAUGUGUUUACCCAAGAUGCGGACGAGGGUCUGAACGGGGAUGUCUACUACUCUUUGGCCCAGGGAAACGAAGCUGGUCAGUUUUCGCUAGACAGCGCCACUGGUCAGCUUUCCCUAGCACGAAGAUUGGAUCGGGAGACCCAGGAAGUGCAUCAUCUGAUUGUCGUGGCCCAGGAUGCUGCUCUCAAGCAUCCACUGAGCUCCAAUGCCAGCAUUACCAUAGUAGUUCUCGAUGAGAACGACAAUGCUCCGGAGUUCACGCAGUCGAGUAGUGAGGUCUCUGUUCUGGAAACAAGUCCAACGGGCACGGAAUUGAUGCGGUUCAGGGCCAGUGAUGCGGAUCAGGGAGUAAACAGUCAGGUGGUCUUUAGUAUUUCGGCGGGCAAUCGACGGGACACCUUCCACAUCGACAGCAUUACGGGUAGUCUGUAUCUUCACAAGCCCUUGGAUUAUGAGGAUAUAACAAGUUAUACCCUGAACAUCACCGCCUCUGAUUGUGGAACUCCCUCACUGUCCACCACUGUGUUGUACAAUGUACUGGUCGUAGAUGACAAUGACAAUCCACCGAUCUUUCCCAGCACCGCUAUUGUUCGACAGAUCAAGGAGGGAAUUCCCCUAAAGACACCGAUAGUCACUGUAACCGCUGAUGAUCCGGAUUCGGGCCUGAAUGGCAAGGUGAGCUAUGCGAUUAGCAAGCAGGAACCUCAACUUCCGCAGGGCAGACACUUUGGCAUCAACACGGAGACAGGUGUGAUUCACACUCUGAGGGAGAUAGAUCGCGAGUCCAUCGAUACCUUCCGGUUGACAGUGGUGGCUACGGAUCGGGCUCAACCCUCGGACAGGCAGCUCUCCACGGAGAAGCUGGUCACCGUGAUUGUGGAGGACAUCAAUGACAAUGCUCCCAUUUUCGUGUCCAUGAAUGCUGCUAUUUUGCCGAGCAAAACGCCCACAACGGUGAUGCAGGUUCAUGCCAAGGAUGCGGACUCGUCGAGCAAUGGACUGGUCACCUACGAGAUAGUCAGUGGUCCGCAGGAGCUCUUCCGCCUUCAGAGGAACACGGGUGUGAUCACCUUUACCCCGGGAGCUCAGUUCAAGCAGGAGGUUCGCUACCAGUUGACCCUCAAGGCCACCGAUGAAGCGGUUCAAAGCGAGCGUCGCAGCAGUGAGGUCUACAUCACCAUAAUAACCCCGGGUUCUGGUGAAUCAUCCGUUCCUCAGUUUGAGCAAAGGGAUAUGCUCUCCGGUUCGGUUUAUGAAAACGAGCCCAUUGGAACUAGUAUCCUUACGGUGGCCGCUCAUCUGUCGGGCGCCGAAAUCGAGUACUUUGUGACCAAUGUGACGUCAGGUGGAGGAUCGCAUGGGCAGGUGGAUCGCCUCUUCGACAUCGACGCCAAGCUGGGAAUCCUCUCGACAGCCGCCGAACUGGACCGAGAGGCGGGACCCGAGGAGUACGAGGUUGAGGUCUACGCCAUCGCUUUAGGAGGACAGCCACGCACUUCGAGAACAAAGGUCAGAGUAACAGUUCUGGACAAGAACGACAGUCCCCCGCAGUUCUUGGACACCCCGUUCGUCUACAAUGUCAGCGAGGAUCUGGAGAUUGGACACACCAUCUCCACGCUGCGGGCCCACGAUCCCGAUACUCUGGGUACGGUGACUUUCCUCCUGAUGGACGGACAUGAUGGCAAGUUCCUGCUGGAACCCACCAGCGGAAAACUUAUUCUCAAGGACACCCUUGAUCGGGAGACGAAGAGCAAGUAUGAGCUGAGGAUUCGCGUCUCUGACGGAGUGCAGUACACGGAGGCAUAUGCCACCAUUCAGGUGAGCGAUACCAAUGACAACCCGCCCAUGUUCGAGGAUGCCGUGUACUCGUUUGAUAUACCGGAAAAUGCCCAACGCGGCUACCAAGUGGGUCAGAUUGUGGCCAGAGAUGCUGAUCUGGGCCAGAAUGCCCAGCUGUCCUACGGAGUGGUCUCAGAUUGGGCCAAUGACGUUUUUAGUUUGAAUCCCCAAACUGGAAUGCUGACCCUAACAGCUCGACUGGAUUACGAAGAGGUUCAACACUACAUCCUCAUCGUCCAGGCCCAGGAUAAUGGCCAUCCCAGUCUGUCCACCACCAUUACGGUCUACUGCAAUGUACUCGAUUUGAACGACAAUGCGCCCAUUUUCGAUCCCAUGAGCUAUUCGAGCGAGGUGUUUGAAAAUGUGCCCAUUGGCAAGGAGGUGGUCACUGUGUCAGCCAAGGAUAUAGAUUCGGGCAACAAUGGACUCGUUGAGUACAGCAUCACCGCAGGCGACGCCGAUGCGGAGUUCGGAAUCGACAGUAAUGGCACAAUCCGUACUCGUCGAAAUUUGGACAGGGAACACCGAUCUGCGUACACCCUUACGGUAACCGCACGAGAUUGCGCCGAUGAAUUCGCCUCCUUUAGCGAACUGGAGGAAACGCAGCUGAAACUCAAGUACCGAUCGCCUAGAAGAUAUCAGCAAAGCCAGCAAGACUAUUUGGCCCAUCAGAAACAGCAGCGACUCUCUUCGACUGUAAAGGUGACGAUACUCAUCAAAGAUGUCAACGACGAAGUGCCCAUCUUCGUUUCCGCAAACGAGACGGCGAUAAUGGAGAACGUGGCCAUCAACACGGUCGUUAUCGCUGUCAAGGCUGUCGACAAUGACGAGGGCCGCAAUGGGUACAUUGAUUACACCAUGGAGGAGGCCAAGGGUAUGGAGGAUAUCGGUCAGUCACUGGAACCCCUGCCCUUCUCCCUCAACCCCACCGAUGGUCAGUUGCGCGUGGUCGAUUCCCUAGAUCGCGAGUUGCGUUCCAGUUAUCUACUCAACAUCACGGCAACGGAUCGAGGGGAGCCACCUCAGUCCACGGAGACGCAGUUGCUCAUUCGGAUUCUGGACGAGAACGACAAUAGUCCCGUCUUUGAUCCGAAGCAAUAUUCCGCCUCGGUGGCCGAGAAUGCCAGCAUUGGUGCGAUGGUCCUUCAAGUAUCCGCCACCGAUGUGGACGAGGGAGCCAAUGGUCGGAUUCGCUACUCCAUAGUGUUGGGCGAUCAGAACCAUGACUUUAGCAUCAGCGAGGAUACGGGUGUGGUGCGGGUGGCCAAGAACCUAAACUACGAACGUCUGGCCCGCUAUUCCCUCACGGUUCGCGCUGAAGAUUGCGCCCUGGAGAAUCCAGCCGGCGAUACGGCCGAACUGACCAUCAAUAUCCUGGAUAUAAACGAUAAUAGACCUACGUUCCUGGACUCUCCGUAUUUGGCACGCGUUAUGGAAAACACUGUUCCGCCGAAUGGAGGUUAUGUGCUAACCGUGAAUGCCUACGAUGCAGAUACACCUCCUCUAAACUCACAGGUUCGCUACUUCCUCAAGGAGGGCGAUAGUGAUCUCUUCCGGAUUAAUGCCUCCUCGGGCGAUAUAGCUCUGUUGAAACCUUUAGAUCGCGAGCAACAGAACGAGUACACCCUGACUUUGGUGGCCAUGGACACGGGAUCGCCUCCGCUGACGGGCACGGGAAUUGUGCGAGUGCAGGUCCAGGAUAUCAACGAUAAUGAUCCGGUUUUCGAACUGCAAUCCUAUCAUGCAAAUGUUCGGGAGAACCUACCACCAGGCACACGUGUUCUGCUACCCAAGGCCACCGAUAAAGACGAAGGUUUGAAUGCCAAGUUACGCUUUAAUUUACUAGGAGAGUUUAUGAAUAGAUUCCACAUCGAUUCGGAAACGGGAGAGAUUACCACGGCCUUAUCGCUGGAUCGUGAGGAGACUUCCGUUUACCACCUAACACUAAUGGCCCAGGAUAGUUCUGUGACUGAGCCCCGCGCUUCGUCGGUAAACCUGACCAUCAGUGUAUCGGAUGUCAACGACAAUGUUCCCAAAUUUGACUCUACCACUUACAACGUGGCAGUUUCCGAUAGGAUUAGCACAGGGGAAUUUGUUUUCGGAGCUCGAGCCCUUGACUUGGAUGAGGGCAAGAAUGCCCUUAUUCACUACACCAUUAGUGGUCGAGAUCAGCAGUUCUUUGAUAUCAAUUCGAAUACAGGAGUGGUUAGCACGAAGCUAGAGCUCAAGGGUAAGAGUAAAUCCCCGGCUGAUUUGACCUAUACCAUUGUAAUAUCAGCCAUGGACCAGGGUGAGCAACCUCUGAGUUCCAGAGCAGAGCUUACUAUUAUCCUCCGACCCCCGGAACUCUUUCCCAGCUUCGCCUACAUGGCCAAUAGUCACUUUACGAUGUCGGAGGACGUGAAGCCGGGUAAGAUGAUAACCAAAGUGAGUGCCACAUCGCCGAAAAAGGGUUUGGCGGGUAAAAUACGAUAUGCCAUUGCGGGCGGAAAUCUGGGAGAUUCCCUGCGUGUGGAUCCCAAUAGCGGGGUACUAAGUGUAGGAGAAGAUGGCCUGGACUAUGAGCAAACACACCUCUACGAAAUUUGGUUGGAGGCAACCGAUGGAGAUAGCCCAAGUCUCAGAAGCGUUACCCUGAUCACAGUCAACGUAACGGAUGCCAAUGACAAUGCACCCGUUAUGGAGAAGCUCAUCUACAAUGCCGAGGUUCUGGAGGAGGAGUCACCACCUCAGUUGAUAGCCACGAUCAAGGCCAGCGAUCGCGACUCUGGGGAGAAUGGUAGAGUAGCCUAUCGCCUACAGAACGACUUUGAUGGCACCUUUGAGAUCAUGGAAUCGGGUGAGAUCUACACCACCAUGCGACUGGAUCGUGAGGAGAUCGGUGAUUAUGCCUUUGUCGUUGAGGCCGUUGAUCAGGGCUCACCCCAUUUGACGGGAACGGCCAGUGUGCUUUUGCAUUUGCUGGAUAAGAACGACAACCCACCGAAGUUUACACGCCUUUUCUCCCUCAAUGUAACUGAGAAUGCGGAGAUUGGUAGCUUUGUGAUCAGAGUUACCUCCUCGGAUUUGGACCUAGGUGCCAAUGCGAAUGCAUCCUACUCGUUUAGCGAAAAUCCCGGCGAGAAGUUCCGCAUCGAGCCGCAGAGUGGUAAUAUAACCGUUGCCGGUCAUCUGGAUCGCGAACAGCAGGAUGAGUACGUCCUGAAAGUGGUGGCCUCCGAUGGAGCUUGGCGUGCCGAGACUCCCAUUACGAUCACGAUUCAGGACCAGAACGACAAUGCUCCCGAGUUCGAGCACAGCUUCUAUAGCUUCAGCUUCCCGGAGCUGCAGCAGUCGAUUGCCUUGGUGGGCCAGAUCAUAGCAACGGAUCGCGAUAAGCAGGGUCCCAAUUCGGUGAUCUCCUACUCACUGCAGCAGCCGUCGCCCAUGUUUAGCAUUGACCCCGCAACGGGUGAGGUCUUUAGCAAAAAGGCGGUUCGCUUCAAGCACUCUCAGUACGUUCGCUCCCCGGAAAACAUGUACGCCUUCACCGUUCUGGCGACGGACAAUGGCAAGCCACCUCUAUACUCCGAGUGCCUAGUCAAUAUCAACAUUGUCGAUGCUCACAACAAUCCUCCCAAGUUCGAGCAGGAGGAGUAUCUAGCUCCCCUGCCAGAAGAUGCGGUUCGCGGCCAGCGAAUAGUUCGGGUUCAUGCGAACGACAAGCAUGAUGUGGGCACCAACGAAAUGGACUACUCCCUGGUGACCCUGAACCUGAGUUCAAUCUUCACCAUCGGCCGACAUGACGGUUGGAUCACUCUGGUCAAGCCACUUCAAGUCAAACCAAACUCGCGAUACGAAUUGGUUGUGAGGGCCACUGAUCGCGGAGUUCCUCCGCAGUCAGAUGAAACUCGUGUCAUUAUCGUGGUGACCGGUGAGAAUCUGGACACGCCGAGGUUCUCGGUGAGCAGCUACCAGGUGAUUGUGCCCGAAAACGAGCCCGUGGGUUCCACCAUCCUAACAGUUGGGGCAACGGACAAUGACACGGGUCCGAAUGGUCUCCUCCGUUACUCCAUUUCCGGCGGAAAUGAGCGUCGCGACUUCAGUGUGGAUGAACGCACCGGUGGUAUUGUGAUACAACAGCAACUAGACUACGAUCUAAUACAGGAAUAUCAUCUAAACAUCACGGUUCAAGAUCUGGGCUACCACCCACUAUCCGCCGUUGCGAUGCUCACUAUAAUCCUGACGGAUGUCAACGACAAUCCACCCGUUUUCGAUCAGAAGGAGUACCACGGUUAUAUACCCGAAAACAAACCCAUUGGCACCUUUGUGUUCCAGGCUCAUGCUACCGAUAAGGACUCUCCUAAAAAUGCCAUUAUACACUAUGCAUUCCUGCCCAGCGGAACGGACAGGCACUUCUUCGUGAUGAAUCACAGUAAUGGAAGUAUUUCAUCAGCUGUUUCCUUUGAUUACGAAGAGCGGAGGGUUUAUACACUCCAGUUAAAAGCAAAGAAUCCCGAUUCGAGCAUGGAAAGCUACGCUACCCUCUAUGUCCAUGUUCUAGGGGUAAAUGAGUUUUACCCGCAGUUCCUGCAGCCUGUCUUCCACUUUGACGUAUCGGAAACAUCUGCGGUGGGCACUCGAGUGGGUGCUGUUCAGGCCACGGAUAAAGAUAGCGGUGAGGAUGGUCGUGUCUACUACUUGCUAGUCGGAUCCAGCAACGACAAGGGUUUCCGAAUCGAUACGAGAACGGGAUUGAUUUAUGUGGCCCGGCAUUUGGACCGGGAGACCCAGAACCGUGUGGUCCUCACCGUGAUGGCCAAAAACUAUGGCAGCAUUCGGGGUAACGACACCGAUGAGGCCCAGGUCAUCAUCUCGAUUCAGGACGGAAACGAUCCACCGGAGUUCAUUAAACACUACUACACCUCGACCAUUUCCGAGGCAGCUCCGAUUGGCACCAAGGUCACAACGGUCAAGGCCAUCGACAAGGACGUUCGGCCGCAAAACAAUCAGUUUAGUUAUUCUAUUAUCAACGGGAACCUCAAGCAGAACUUCAAGAUCGAUGUGCAGACGGGUGAGAUUAGUACGGCCAGUCGUCUGGAUCGCGAGGAGAUUGCCACCUAUAAUCUCGUAAUUGGAGCCAUAGAUACUGGACUGCCGCCGCAGACGGGAAGUGCUACGGUUCACAUAGAACUGGAGGAUGUGAACGACAAUGGUCCUACCUUCACGUCUGAAGGUCUGAAUGGCUAUGUCUCGGAGAACGAACCACCUGGUACUUCGAUAAUGACACUAAUGGCCAGUGAUCCGGAUCUUCCGAGAAACGGAGGUCCCUUCACUUACCAAUUGGUUAGCGGAAAGCACAAGUCCUGGCUGAGUGUGGAUAGGAACACGGGUCUGGUUAGGUCCACCAGCAGCUUCGAUCGGGAGAUCAAUCCCAUUCUGGAGGCAAUCAUCGAAGUGGAGGACAGUGGCAAGCCAAAACAGAGAUCCCAGCAUUUACUCACUAUUACAGUAUUGGAUCAGAACGAUAAUCCAUCGACCGCAAGGAGUUUACACAUAGCUGUCUCUCUUUUUAAUGGUGACUUACCUUCCAAUGUCAAGCUGGCCGAUGUUCGUCCAAAUGAUAUAGACAUUGUGGGCGAUUACCGGUGUCGCCUUCAGAAGAAUCCCAACCUAGGUGAAAUUCAGCUGGCCAUUCCAAGAGCAUGUGAUCUGGUGACCACUUCACACUCCACUCCAAUAGCUUCUGUCUUUAGCUAUACGGGUAACGAUGGAAAGCACGGGGACGUUGGCUCCAAGGCGAGUGUGUCGUUCCAGAGCUUCAACAAUGAAACCCUGGCCAACUCGGUGUCUAUCCUAGUGCGAAAUAUGACAGCCAGUCACUUUUUGGUUAAUCACUAUCGACCCAUGCUGGAGAUGAUCAAGUCCAGGAUGGCAAACGAAGAUGAGGUUAUACUGUAUAGUCUUUUGGAGAGCACUGCUGGUAAUUCCACAAGUCUCCAGGUGAUAUUGGCUGUAAGAUUGGCCAAGAGCAACUACCAACAACCCAGACAUUUGAUUGAACGCCUGAGGGAGAAGCGUUCGGCUUUCUCGGAACUCCUGCAAAAAGAGGUGAUUGUGGGCUAUGAACCCUGCAGCGAACCGGAUGUGUGUGAAAAUGGUGGAGUUUGCAGUGCCACCAUUCGAUUGCUAGAUGCCCAUAGUUUUGUGAUCCUAGACAGUCCCUCCUUGGUGCUAAGUGGACCAAGGAUAGUGCACGAUUAUAGUUGCCAGUGCACCAGUGGAUUCUCGGGAGAGCAGUGCAGUCGCAGGCAGGAUCCUUGCCUCCCAAAUCCUUGUCAUCUACAAAUGCAAUGCCGUCGCUUAGGCAGCGAUUUCCAGUGCAUGUGUCCUCCGAAUCGGGAUGGCAAACUCUGCGAGAAGGAGCGCAGUGAUGUGUGCUACAGCAAACCGUGUCGCAAUGGAGGAAGUUGCUACCGCAGUCCCGAUGGAUCCUCCUACUACUGCCUUUGUCGUCCUGGAUUCCGGGGCAAUCAAUGCGAAAGCGUUUCAGACUCCUGUCGCCCGAAUCCCUGCCUGCACGAUGGUCUGUGUGUGAGCCUGAAGCCGGGCUACAAGUGCAAUUGCACCCCCGGAAGAUAUGGACAUCAUUGCGAACGCUUUAGCUAUGGCUUCCAACCGCUGUCCUACAUGACAUUCCCCUCGCUGGAUGUGACCACCAAUGAUAUUUCUAUUGUCUUUGCCACCACGAAACCGAACUCCCUGUUGCUCUACAAUUACGGGAUGCAGAGUGGCGGCAGAUCUGAUUUCCUAGCCAUCGAAUUGGUGCAUGGCAAGGCGUACUUCUCUUCCGGAGGAGCUCGUACCGCCAUUAGCACCGUGAUUGCUGGUAGGAACCUGGCCGACGGAGGUUGGCACAAGGUCACCGCCACGCGAAAUGGACGGGUCAUGUCGCUCAGCGUGGCCAAGUGCGCGGAUUCGGGUGAUGUGUGCACGGAAUGCACGCCGGGAGACUCCAGUUGCUAUGCCGAUGAAGUGGGACCCGUGGGAACGCUCAACUUUAACAAACAACCCCUGAUGAUUGGUGGCCUGUCCUCGGCUGAUCCGAUACUAGAGCGACCUGGUCAGGUGCACAGUGACGAUCUGGUGGGCUGUCUGCAUAGUGUGCACAUCGGAGGAAGAUCCCUGAACCUGAGUUCACCUCUUCAACAGAGGGGUAUUCUGCCGGGAUGCAAUCGACAGGCUUGUCAACCGGCUUUGGCGGCCGAACGCUGUGGAGGAUUCGCAGGACAAUGCAUAGACCGCUGGUCGAGUUCCCUUUGCCAGUGCGGUGGACAUUUGCAGUCGCCCGAUUGCUCGGAUUCCCUGGAACCCAUUACCCUGAGUGAUGGAGCCUACGUGGAGUUCAGGAUCUCGGAGAUAUAUCGUCGCAUGCAGCUACUGGAUAAUCUGUACAAUAGCAAAAGUGCCUGGUCGGAUAACCGGGAACGUCGGGCGGUGGGCAACUUUAGUACCGCCUCCCAGAUCUACGAGGCCCCCAAGAUGCUGAGUCUGCUAUUCAGGACCUACAAGGAGCAGGGACAGAUCCUCUAUGCGGCCACCAAUCAAAUGUUCACCUCGCUGUCCCUCCACGAAGGUCGUUUGGUCUACUACUCCAAGCAGCAUCUUGCAAUCAAUAUGACGGUGCACGAAACAUCGCAGCUAAAUGAUGGCAAGUGGCACAAUGUCAGUUUGUUUAGCGAGAGUCGCAGCCUGAGGUUGAUCAUCGAUGGUCGGCAGGUGGGCGAUGAGCUGGACAUUGCCGGAGUGCAUGACUUCCUCGAUCCCUACUUGACUACCCUGAACGUGGGUGGCGAGGCCUUCGUGGGUUGCCUGGCCAACCUUACGGUUAACAAUGAACUGCAGCCUUUCAAUGGAUCGGGUAGCAUCUUCCCCGAGGUUCGUUACCAUGGAAAAAUCGAAUCCGGCUGUGGAGGAGACAUGGGUCAAGAUGCCGCUCAGGUAGCCGAUGCUUUGAGCAUCGGAUUCACCCUCGUCAUUGUCUUCUUCGUCAUCCUGGUGGUUGCGAUCCUCGGCUCCUAUGUCAUCUACCGAUUCCGUGGAAAGCAGGAGAAGAUUGGCAGCUUAAGUUGCGGUGUUCCGGGCUUCAAGAUCAAACAUCCUGGAGGACCAGUGUCGCAGAGUCAAGUGGAUCACGUCCUCGUGCGUAAUCUCCAUUCGGGUGAAGCCCCUUCGCCACCCGUUAAUGCGGCAGAUCACCUACGUCCUCCGGUGGGAAGUCAUCAUUUAGUUGGACCCGAGCUGCUGACCAAGAAGUUCAAGGAGCCGACGGCGGAGCUGCCUCAACCAGGACAACCAGGACAGCAGCGACCCCAAAGACCGGAUAUCAUAGAGCGCGAGAGUCCGUUGAUAAGGGAGGAUCACCACCUGGCCAUACCUCCCCUUCAUCCUGGCUCUGUGGAUCUGGGUUCGGAGUACCCCGAGCACUACGACCUGGAGAAUGCCAGCUCAAUUGCUCCUUCGGAUAUAGAUAUCGUGUAUCACUACAAGGGAUAUCGGGAAGCGGGUGGUAUGCGCAAGUACAAGGCUAGUGUGCCGCCAGUUUCUGCUUAUUCCCAUCACAAGCAUCAGAGUUCGGCGGCCCAACAGCAACAGCAGCAGCAGCAACAUCGUCAUGGAGCCCCCUUUGUGACCCGCAAUCAGGCAGGUCAACCGCCCCCUCCGCCUACGAGUGCCUCUCGCACUCAUCAAAGCACUCCGCUGGCCAGACUGUCGCCCAGUUCCGAGUUGAGUUCCCAGCAGCCGAGGAUCCUCACUCUCCACGACAUCUCGGGAAAGCCCCUGCAAAGCGCCCUCCUGGCCACCACCUCAAGUUCCGGUGGAGUGGGCAAGGAUGUCCAUAGCAAUAGUGAACGCAGUCUAAACAGCCCGGUGAUGUCGCAACUUUCGGGUCAGAGUUCAAGUGCGAGUAGGCAAAAGCCGGGAGUUCCUCAACAGCCAACGCAGCCGACUUCCAUGGGUUUGACGGCCGAGGAGAUUGAGAGGAUGAACGGGAGACCACGAACUUGUAGUCUAAUCUCCACCCUAGAUGCCGUUUCCUCCAGCAGUGAGGCUCCCCGAGUCUCGAGCAGUGCACUCCAUAUGUCUUUAGGUGGCGAUGUGGAUGCCCACAGUUCCACUUCCACCGACGAAAGCGGAAAUGAUAGCUUCACCUGCUCGGAGAUCGAGUACGACAACAAUAGUCUGAGUGGCGAUGGCAAGUACUCAACCAGUAAGAGCCUUCUAGAUGGACGUAGUCCCGUUUCGAGGGCUCUCAGUGGAGGGGACACGACCAGCCGGAAUCCACCGACCAGUGUGGUUAAGACGCCGCCCAUUCCGCCGCAUGCCUACGACGGGUUCGAGUCGUCCUUUCGGGGAUCACUGAGUACUUUGGUAGCCAGCGAUGAUGAUAUCGCCAAUCAUUUGAGCGGAAUCUAUCGGAAGGCCAACGGGGCGGCAUCGCCGUCGGCCACCACGCUCGGCUGGGAGUACCUACUCAACUGGGGUCCCAGCUACGAGAACCUGAUGGGCGUCUUCAAGGACAUUGCCGAACUGCCCGACACAAAUGGACCGCCGCAGGCGCAGCAACAGCAGCAAACCCAAGUGGUGUCCACGCUGCGAAUGCCGUCUUCAAAUGGACCAGCGGCUCCAGAGGAAUACGUGUAAUAUAAAUACCGAAUAUAAACAUAUAUCCAAGGGUGCCACAUAAAUCUCAAAAAAAUCUAAC